AUACUCCUAUUACAUACUAUGAUACUCCUAUUACAUACUGUGUUACUCCUAUUACAUACUAUGAUACUCCUAUUACAUACUACGAUACUCCUAUUACAUACUAUGAUACUCCUAUUACAUACUGCAUUACUCCUAUUACAUACUUUGAUACUCCUAUUACAUACUAUGAUACUCCUAUUACAUACUAUGAUACUCCUAUUACAUACUAUGAUACUCCUAUUACAUACUGCAUUACUCCUAUUACAUACUGCGAUACUCCUAUUACAUACUGUGUUACUCCUAUUACAUACUAUGAUACUCCUAUUACAUACUACGAUACUCCUAUUACAUACUAUGAUACUCCUAUUACAUACUGCAUUACUCCUAUUACAUACUUUGAUACUCCUAUUACAUACUAUGAUACUCCUAUUACAUACUAUGAUACUCCUAUUACAUACUGCGAUACUCCUAUUACAUACUAUGAUACUCCUAUUACAUACUGUGAUACUCCUAUUACAUACUACGAUACUCCUAUUACAUACUACGAUACUCCUAUUACAUACUGUGAUACUCCUAUUACAUACUGUGAUACUCCUAUUACAUACUGUGAUACUCCUAUUACAUACUACGAUACUCCUAUUACAUACUGUGAUACUCCUAUUACAUACUACGAUACACCUAUUACAUACUAUGAUACUCCUAUUACAUACUAA